AUGGACAAGAUCACUGCGGACAUCAACAAUAUCUACGCAGCCGGGGCUGUUGAGGGAUAUACUGAGAAGUCCCAAUUUUCCUUGACGAUUGAAUCGAGGGCAAAAUCGAUUCCUUUGCCAAAGGCAAAGGCCUUGCCGAAGGCUUCUGUGGCCUCGUCGAAGGCCAAGGCCAAGGUCCCUGCGAGCCGAUGCAAAAAGUUCGCCAAGAGUGCCAUUGACGAGGGUUACCUCAAUUCGGAUGCGUUGCGGAGAGCUGGCAAUGUGAAGAGCAUUCGGAAUGCGGAGCGUGAUUUGCAUGUGUUGUUUGGUAGAAUGGGCUUGACUUUGCCUAUUAAGCCCAGCUGUGAGAAGCAAAAGCAGGAAACUUCACGCGUUCAUUUGCAAAUUUGGGUCAGAACAAGGGGUGCUGUUUUGAAUGCCUAG